UUAAUCAAAAUGUACUCACUACCAUUUCCAAUUCUCCUCCCUCAUCCAUUUCCCUAUAAAUUUCCUUCCCCAUUUUCCCUUUUACCAAUUCCUCAUUCUCCAUUUCCUCUCUCUCUCUCUCUCCAUCUUCAACUCUCGUUCUCUAUCCCUCAGAAGUUCUUAUAGGUUUGAAUCUUUCGUAGUAAACCCAUUUUUUAUGGCUGAAGAAUUCGAAGAAUCUGAAGCUAUUUUCCAGGAAAAUGCUGUAAAUGAAGAGUUCCCAGAUCAGUCAAAUUCCCAGGAAUCGCAGAACACCAAAUUGAGAACGAAGAAGAAGAAGAAUAAUUCAGUUCCGGUGACUAUCCCGGAAAAUGUUUCCGGGAAUUCACGGUUUCAACAAGUGGAUUCAGGUUUUUUUGAGGAUGAACAUUAUGGUGAUGAUGGAAAGAUAGUGCCACCCCACGUGAUCUUGGGGCGGCGAAUUGCCGGAAAAAUGGAGUUCUCGGUGUGCACCGGAAAUGGGAGGACUCUGAAAGGCCGGGACUUGAGUGAAGUCCGGAAUUCAAUUCUUAAGAUGACUGGUUUCCUUGAAGCUUGA